GUCGAUCGCCACUAAUUUAUUUUAGAGUUAAUGAAGCUUUCCAACGGCAGGUAAAUCAAGUGAAAAUCGUCGUCGAUCUGAUUUUGAAUGUUCUCGUCCGAUCGGUCGGUCAGUUUCGAAUCGACAACUUGCAGUUGCAGUCGAAAUUGAACGAAAAUUUCGAGCACAACAAAAGAGUAAUGUUGUAAACAUUCAUACAUUAGUGCAUCUGUGAACUUCAGUGAAAAAGCACCACUAAUUAAAGGAACUUUUUAGUGAAACCUGUGAUAUUUAGUAUUAAGAAUUAGUCUACAUUUAUUUCGUCAAAAUGGCAGGAGUGGUUUCCCCUUUCACAGACUACUAUAGGUACAUUAUGGAAACUAAGUCUGAUCCUCGGACAGCACAAUGGCUGCUAAUGAGUUCUCCUGGUCCUCUAUUUACAAUACUUGCCACUUACUUAUAUUUUUGCAUUUCUGCAGGCCCUAGGUAUAUGAAAGACAGGAAGCCAUAUGAACUUAAAAAUUUAAUAAUUCUCUACAACGCAGUACAGGUCGCUAUGAGUAUAUUUUUGGUAUACGAGGGUUUACAAUCAGGAUGGUGGGGCCAAUACAGUUUAGCAUGUCAGCCAGUAGAUUAUUCAAAUAGCCCUACUGCAUUAAGGAUGGCUAGCGCAGUUUGGUGGUACUUCUUUGCCAAGAUUACAGAACUUUUGGACACGGUAUUCUUCGUAUUGAGAAAGAAAAACAAUCAGAUCUCUUUUCUCCAUCUGUACCAUCACGCCAUGAUGCCCGUCUGUGCGUGGAUUGGGGCCAAGUUUUUAGCAGGGGGCCACGGUACACUUUUAGGACUCAUUAAUUCGUUUAUCCAUAUUAUCAUGUACUCUUACUACCUGAUUUCUUCUAUGGGUCCACAAUAUCAAAAAUAUUUGUGGUGGAAAAGGCACCUGACGGCAUUGCAAAUGAUCCAGUUCUGCAUAAUAUUCAUUCACAAUUUCCAAGUACUGUUCAGACAAUGCGACUACCCGAAGUUCAUAGUGUUUCUAUUGGGCACCCAGGCGAUGUUCUUUUUCUAUUUAUUCGGACAAUUCUACUUGAGAACAUACGGCAAGAGUGACAAGAAAAUUGAAAGAUCGGAGUCGUCGGACAGCGUAAACAACAAUAACGUGGUCAAAAAUGGAAAACUGAAAACCAAAUAGUAGGAAAUAGUUAUGUUCUUGUUUCUUGUUCUUUUUCUUAGCGGAUAAGUGAAUGCUGCUCAAAAUGAUUAUAUUAAUCAUACAUGUUACAAACAUUUGAAUGAGUGCUACUGUUGGAUGUUUUUGUGUACCUAAGUGAUGUGGAUUAUUGAUUUCAUUCCUCUUGUUUAUUUGUUGAUUUUAAUUGAUUUUUAAAAUGAGAGAAUACGGACAGUGCAAUAAUUGACGAGUACAAUUAUUAUAUUUUUAGCUAAACAAUUGCGAUAUUCCGUUAUUUCAAAAGAAUCUAUUUUCAUUUUACAAAUCUAUGUAGGUGCCAUAAUUAAAUAAAUACAGCAUGCAUUUAGUAAAAAUGAAUUGAGGAACUUUUAUUAAUCAUAUGAUAUAAUAAUUAAAUUCUUGUAUGGUUGGCGUCUUUCGGAAUUUGUGAGUCUCGAGAGGGAACUACAAAAGGAAGAGCAUGUUUCCUUUAUGACAGUAUUUAUUUGUCCUUUAAAUAACUGUAAAUAAAUUAAUUAAAAUUUUAAUUUUCGAUUCUACUGUAAAAUAAAUUCUGCAAUUCUCAA